UUUUUUUGGGGGAUUGAGGCUCUCUGAGUGUGGAUUUUCCUUUCUCUUGGCAGGAUCCAACACCUUCAAAAAGUCCCUGACUCCCGAGAUGCCGGGAGGUUCUGGCCAGCCUGGAUCCCAAACCAUCCGGAAAGGCCACAGAGGAGUGGAUUCCACCGGGGAAACCACCUACAAAAAGACGACCUCCUCGGCGCUGAAGGGCGCGAUCCAGCUGGGAAUCACACACACCGUGGGCAGCCUGAGCACCAAGCCCGAGCGGGACGUGCUCAUGCAGGACUUCUACGUGGUGGAGAGCAUCUUCUUCCCGAGCGAGGGCAGCAACCUGACCCCCGCCCACCACUACAACGAUUUCCGCUUCAAGACCUACGCGCCCGUGGCUUUCCGCUACUUCCGGGAGCUCUUCGGGAUCCGCCCGGACGAUUACCUGUAUUCCCUGUGCAACGACCCCCUGAUCGAGCUCUCCAACUCCGGCGCCAGCGGUUCCCUGUUCUACGUCUCCAGCGACGACGAGUUCAUCAUCAAAACCGUGCAGCACAAGGAGGCCGAGUUCCUGCAGAAGCUGCUGCCCGGCUAUUACAUGAACCUGAACCAAAACCCCCGGACUCUCCUUCCCAAAUUUUACGGGCUGUACUGCGUCCAGGCCGGGGGCAAGAACAUCCGGAUCGUGGUGAUGAACAACCUCCUGCCCCGCUCCGUGCGGAUGCACCUCAAGUACGACCUCAAGGGCUCCACCUACAAACGCCGGGCGUCCCAAAAGGAGCGGGAAAAGGUUUUCCCCACCUUCAAGGACUUGGAUUUCAUGCAGGAUAUUCCCGACGGCCUUUUCCUGGACUCGGAUAUGUACAACGCUCUCUGUAAGACGCUGCAGAGGGAUUGUUUGGUUCUCCAGAGCUUCAAGAUCAUGGAUUACAGCCUGCUGGUGGCCAUCCACAACCUGGACCAGGCGCAGCGGGAGCGCGCGCGGCCGGCAACGGCGGCUGGGAGCCGGGGGCGGCCGGCGGCGCAGAGAGCGCUCUACUCCACGGCCAUGGAGUCCAUCCAGGGAGAGGCCCGCCGCGGCGGCACCAUCGAGACCGACGACCAGAUGGGCGGGAUUCCCGCCAGGAAUUCCCGCGGGGAGCGGCUGCUGCUCUACAUCGGCAUCAUCGACGUCCUGCAGUCCUACAGGUUCGUGAAGAAGCUGGAGCACUCCUGGAAGGCCCUGGUGCACGACGGGGACACGGUGUCCGUGCACCGGCCCAGCUUCUACGCCGAGCGCUUCCAGCGCUUCAUGUGCCACACGGUGUUCCGCAGGAUCCCCCUGAAACCCUCCCCUUCCAAGAAGAGCCGGAGCGGCCCCCGCCGUUCCAGGAGGAGCUGCCAGGGGGGGAUCCCAUCCCAAAUCCCGGGAUCCGGGGACGCCAAAGCCCAGCUGACCACGGAGGCGGACGUGGAGCAAGGUUCCCGGCCGGACCUGCUCCCGCGGCCGCUCCCCGGCUCCGGGGCCGAUGCCGGCAGUGACUCGGUGGCCACGUCCCUGUCCCUGUCCAGCCCCUCCCUCGGCAGCGCCGGCGCCGGAUCCCCCCCCAGCAGGUCCGUGGGGGUCGAGGUUCACACGGCCGAGGGCUCCAGGCCCGGAGCAGCUCCCGGAGCUUCCCUGCCCAGCGGAUCCCCCGGCCCUUCCCUGCCCCUGGAGCUGGAGGAGCUGCAGGAGACCGAGAUCAGCUUUGUGAGUGUUUUCCAAGGAAAAACUGGGAAUUCCGAGGGAUUUGGGAGGGACUGGGGGGGGGGUUUGGAUCCCGGGAUGGGGGGUUUCCGGGGGGAUUCCGGCGCCGUGGGCGGCCCCGCGGCAUUCCCGGCGCGCCCCUGGAAUUGCAGCGUGGACAACAGCGAGUACAUGCGCAACGGGGACUUCCUGCCCACGCGGCUGCAGGCGCAGCAGGACGCCGUCAACAUCGUGUGCCACUCCAAAACCCGCAGCAACCCCGAGAACAACGUGGGGCUCAUCACCCUGGCCAAUAACUGCGAGGUGCUGACCACGCUGACCCCGGACACCGGGCGCAUCCUGUCCAAGCUCCACACGGUGCAGCCCAAGGGGAAAAUCACCUUCGGCACCGGCAUCCGCGUGGCUCACCUGGCGCUGAAGCACCGGCAGGGCAAGAACCACAAGAUGAGGAUCAUCGCCUUCGUGGGCAGCCCCGUGCACGACAGCGACAAGGACCUGGUGAAGUUGGCCAAGCGCCUGAAGAAGGAGAAGGUCAACGUGGACAUCAUCAACUUCGGGGAGGAGGAAGCCAACACGGAGAAGCUGACGGCGUUCAUCACGGCACUCAACGGGAAGGACGGCAGCGGCUCCCACCUGGUGACGGUGCCGCCGGGGCCCAGCCUGGCCGACGCCCUCAUCAGCUCCCCCAUCCUGGCGGGCGAGGGCGGUGCCAUGCUGGGCCUGGGCGCCUCCGACUUCGAGUUCGGCGUGGAUCCCAGUGCUGAUCCCGAGCUGGCACUGGCGCUCCGGGUGUCCAUGGAGGAGCAGCGGCAGCGGCAGGAGGAGGAGGCCCGGAGGGCGGCGGCCGCGUCGGCGGCGGAGGCCGGGAUUGCUGCGGCCGGGGGGGACGAGUCGGACGACGCCCUGCUCAAGAUGACCAUCGGGCAGCCGGACUUCGGCCGCGCGGGGCUGCCGGACCUGAGCUCCAUGACGGAGGAGGAGCAGAUCGCCUACGCCAUGCAGAUGUCCCUGCAGGGCGCCGAGUUUGCCCAGGCGGAGGCGGCCGAGGUGGACAGCGGCACGGCCAUGGACACGUCCGAGCCCGCCAAGGAGGAGGACGACUACGACGUGAUGCAGGACCCGGAGUUCCUGCAGAGCGUCCUGGAGAACCUUCCCGGGGUGGAUCCCAACAACGAGGCCAUCCGGAACGCCAUGGGCUCCCUGGCCUCGCAGGCGGCCAAGGACAGCAAGGACAAGAAGGACGAGGAGAAGAAAUGAGCCCCGGGCUCCCGGGAAUGCCGCGGGAAAGGCGGGAAUUGCGGCAAUUAAAGGAAUUGCUUGGGAA